UGCGAGCGAGCGCGCGCGCUGCCAUUCCAACACAUUUUCUGUGCGUGAAGGAACGAAGCUCACGCGGCGACGUUUAUCCGGAAAACUCCGCCUGCCCUGACGUCGCCAUCAGCAACAGCAUUUAACCCAGGUCGUGACUUCAAACGCAGCACUUGUUCCAGCAGGAAAACGGCGUUGACAGUAGAUAUGCUGGCGGUAGCGCCACGUCAACUAAAACAAACUAAAGCGUGAACAGGACUUUGCCGUGUUAUUAGUCUGUUAGUCUGCGUUUUAACACCUGUCACCAUGCUGGACCCGUCCUCUAGCGAAGACACGGGCGGGGAGUCCGACCCUGAAGUUACCAGAGAGCCUCCGAGGAAACCGUCCGCCUUCUCAGAGGCAGAAAAGCAGGGAGACAGCGGGCGGGCGGGCGGUCAGCAGCUGCAGUCUGCCGAACCCCCCGGUGAAGGUGCAAAAGACUGCCCCUCCGCGGGUGACGAUGAGGAAAAGAAGGAGCGAGAGCGUCUUCAGAAGGAGGAAAAGGAGAGGAGGACCAAGCUGCAGAUCUAUGUAUUUGUUCUGCGGUGUAUUUCCUAUCCGUUCAACGCCAAGCAGCCCACCGACAUGGCCCGAAGACAGCAGAAGGUCAACAAGCAGCAGCUGCAGACAGUGAAGGAGCGCUUCCUGGCCUUCCUCAAUGGAGAGACUCAGAUUAUUGCUGAUGAAGCUUUCUGCAAUGCUGUGAGAAGCUACUAUGAGGGUUUUCUGAAGAGUGAGAGAGUUUACCGAAUGGUUCAGAGUGGUGGGUGCUCAGCCAAUGACUUCCGCGAGGUUUUUAAGAAAAACAUUGAGCGACGGGUGCGCAGCCUUCCGGAGAUCGAUGGCUUGAGUAAAGAGACUGUGCUGAGCUCCUGGAUUACCAAGUAUGAUACCAUCUACUGUGGGGAGGAAGACAUGCGGCGCCAACCACAGCGGGCACACCUGAGUGCUGUUUCAGAGCUCAUCCUCAGUAAAGAGCAGCUGUACGAAAUGUUCCAGCAGAUACUGGGCAUCCACAAGUUUGAGCACCAGCUGCUAUACAAUGCCUGUCAGCUUGACAAUGUGGAUGAACAAGCUGCUCAGAUCCGCAGAGAGCUGGACGGGAGGCUACAGCUGGCUGAGAAGAUUGCUAGGGAAAAGACGAAUCCAAAGUUUGUCUCUACUGACAUGGGGGCUUUGUACAUUGAAGAGUUGCGUUCUUCUGUCAACUUGCUGAUGGCUAACUUGGAGAGUCUGCCAGUGUCCAAAGGAGGUCCAGACUUCAAACAGAAGCUUAAGCGCUCCUCUAUGAACAACUCCUUCUUGGAUAUAGGGGAUGAAGGAGACAUACUGUCCAAAUCUGAUGUUGUGCUGACCUUUAACCUGGAGGUUGUCAUUGUUGAGGUCCAGGGGCUGAAGUCAGUUGCUCCAAACCGAAUUGUUUACUGCACCAUGGAGGUGGAGGGCGGAGAAAAACUUCAGACUGACCAAGCAGAAGCUUCAAGACCACAAUGGGGUACUCAGGGAGACUUCUCUACAACUCAUCCCUUGCCUUUGGUUAAAGUAAAGCUCUUUACAGAAAGUACUGGUGUCUUGGCUCUGGAAGACAAGGAACUGGGCAGGAUGGUCCUGAUCCCCACCACCAGUGGUCCAAAGCAGGCAGAGUUCCACCGGAUGGUGGUCCCUAAGAACAGCCAGGACACAAAUCUGAGGAUCAAACUGGCCGUCCGCAUGGACAAGCCUCCCAACAUGAAGCAUAGUGGGUACCUGUAUGCUGUAGGACACAGAGUCUGGAAACGCUGGAAAAAAAGAUAUUUUAUUCUUGUUCAGGUGAGUCAGUACACAUUUGCAAUGUGCAGCUACAGAGAGAGGAAAGCUGAGCCUCAGGAACUGAUGCAGCUGGAAGGCUACACUGUGGACUACUGCCAACCUCAGACAGGUCUGCAAGGUGGCCAGGUGUUUUUUAAUGCUGUAAAGGAGGGCGACCUGGUGACGUUCGCCUGUGACGACGAACAGGACAGAGCACUCUGGGUUCAGGCCAUGUACAGAGCCACUGGUCAGUCAUAUAAACCAAUCCAACCAACACACAACAAAGCUGCCAACUGCAAAGGAGGACACAGAGAACCAUCUUCUAUCAGUCUGGAUCCCUGUCAGCGUCAGAGCAUGGAGGAUUUCAUCUCUGCAGCUCCGGGUUGCUUUGACCAUGCUGCUCUGUUCUCCGUUUUACAGAAACACACUCUGCAGCACCGCAUGAACGACUCCUUCUCCUGCCUGGGCUGGUUCAGUCCCGGCCAGGUGUUUGUCCUGGAUGAGUACUGCGCUCGGUACGGGGUUCGAGGCUGCCACCGCCACCUGAGCUACCUGAAGGAUCUCAUGGACUACGCCGAGAACAGCGUGCUGGUUGACCCCAUGCUGCUACAUUACAGCUAUGCUUUCUGUGCCUCACAUAUCCAUGGAAACAGGCCUGAUGGGACGGGGACAGUGACUGUGGAGGAGAAGGAGCAGUUUGAAGCCGUCAGACAUCGUCUCAUUGUUCUAUUGGAGAACCAGAUAACACACUUCAGAUACUGCUUUCCCUUUGGACGACCAGAUGGGGCCUUGAAAGCAACAGUUUCGCUUCUGGAACGAGUACUGAUGAAAGACAUCACCACACCUGUUCCUUCAGAGGAAACAAAGAGACGGGUUCAGAAAUGUUUGGAAAAGGCGUCCCAGAUCAACUACAGUCAACUGAUGGACUAUGCUCAGAUCAAUGUGGAUCCAGAAGAAGUACCGGAGAAAAGACUGGAGGAUAUGUUGAGAUUGGGAGAGCUGUGCAUUGAAGUCCUACAACAGAAUGAAGAACAUCACUCGGAGGCUUUCUCAUGGUGGCCAGAGCUGUUGGCAGAGCAUGCUGAGAGCUUCCUGUCUCUGUACAGAGCAGACAUGGAUUCUGCUCUACAGGCACAACCCACCGACUCCUGGAACAGUUUCCCACUAUUCCAACUCCUGAACAACUUCCUUCGAGCAGACUCUCAUCUUUGCAGUGGGCCGUUCCACAAACACCUGCAGGACCUGUUCAUCCCUCUGGUGGUGCGAUACAUUGACCUGAUGGAGACCGCCAUUGCCCAGUCCAUCCACCGUGGCUUUGAGCAGGAGACCUGGCAUUCAGUCAGAAUACCCCGGCUUCCCCUCACUUUGCCUCAGAUGCCCAGCUUCUCGGUGCCUGCUUGGAUUGGACCAAUCUGUGAGAACACCUUGCAAGGAAUAAAUCUUCCAGAUAAUUUUAAUGGAUCGGCCACCUCUGAGGAUUUGUUCUGGAAGCUGGACGCUCUGCAGAUGUUUGUGAUGGACCUGCACUGGCCAGAACCAGAGUUUGCCAAACAUCUGGAGCAAAGACUCAAACUGAUGGCCAGUGACAUGAUGGUGGCCUGUGUCAAAAGGACAAAAUCUGCGUUUGAAGCCAAAAUGGCGAAAACGAGUCGAUCUACAGAAUUCCGGGUUCCACUCUCUGUCUGCACCAUGUUCAACGUGCUGCUGGAUGCUAAGAAGCAGAGCUCCAAACUCUGUGUGCUGGACUGCAACCAGGAGAUUGACAUACAAUGGCAACAGUACCACUCCAAAAUUGAUGUUCUGAUUGAUGACACGUUCAAAGAAAUGAUCUUCUCCCUCACAUCAAAGUGUACUGCUGUUUUAGAAAGCGUCCUCUCCAAGCUGUCCAGAUACGAUGAAGGAACAUUCUUCUCCUCCAUCCUCUCUUUCACAGUGAAAGCAGCAGCCAAAUAUGUGGAGGUUUCUAAUCCAGGAAUGGAUCUGGCGGAAACCUACAUUAUCUUUGUUCGGCAGAACCAGGACAUCCUUCGAGAUCAUAUCAACGACGAGGUCUUCAUCGAGAAGGUCUUUGAUCAAUGGUACACAAGCUCCAUGAGAACUGUGUGUGUGUGGCUGACUGACAGACUGGACCUGCAGCUCCACAUCUACCAGCUGAAAGUACUCAUCAAGAUUGUGAAGAAGACCUACCGUGACUUCAGGCUGCAGGGUGUGCUGGAUGGCACGCUCAACAACAAGAACUACGAGACCGUCUACAACCGGUUGACAGUGGAGGAGGCCACAGCAGCAGUCAAGGCAGGCAGUGGCCUGCAGGGCAUCAGCAUGAGAGACAGCGAUGAAGAGGACAGCUAAACCCAGACACACCUCCAGAAGCCUCUCUGACAUGUCACUACUUUGUUUUACACUUAGUCGCUCACACCAAACUUGGCAUAUCAGGAAAUACGUGGAAUGAAUUUACAAAAUUAAUCCUGUAAGUGAAAAAGUAUAUGUACUAUUUUAUUUGCCAAUGUGUCAACUUUCUAAUGUUGAUCUGCUUGUUUUGAAUAUUAUUAAGGGAAAAUACUGUAGAUAUUCAUGUAAUUCUUAAAAAUACUUACACUAUGUCAAGACCGUGAACUCUGAAGAGUCCAUUUUCCAUUGAAUAUUUUGACUAACCAAACUUGGCACAGAAAAGAAUUGAAUUUGUGUUUAUUCAUUUUUCCAGUUGUGGCAAUGCUUCUGAUCAGUUUAUUUUAUACUGGUGCAAUCUGUUUAUUUCCCUAAAGAGCUGCCACUUUUGUCAGAAAAAUUCAUCUAGAAUUUGCAUUAAAGAUUGUCCAAUAUUCUUUGCACAUGCUUUUGGUGGAGGUAGUGUGAUGCUGUGGGACAGGAUGUCUAUCACAGGAGAACAAAGGCCCUGCAUCGUUGGAGUUAAACUGUAGAGCAAUAUGAGGAUGAGAUUAGCCACCUUUACUAUUAGGGAGUGACCUCUGACCCUCACAGCGACUUCACCAGAGGCAGCCUCUGGAUUGUGGGUGUGGAGGCAGUCCUAACCUCAAUCUGAGAUCAGUGAUAAAUUCUUCUGCAGAAUGUCUGUGACCAAGCAGGUGAUUAACCUGAGGUCAGGGUACCAGGCCACUAUACAUUUAUCUCAUGCACUGUUGAUAACCUGUUAGCUAAAGAAAUAAACUGAUAGAUUGACCAAAAAGACUUUUUCACCAAACGUCAGUCAUCAAGGAUACCAAACAGGAGUUACUAGCAUAAUGAGCUGUUUGGCACUGGCUGAGGCAAGUUUUUCACUAUCCUUGCAGUUCAACCAAUAAUUGAAUUGUCCCCACAAAUGUGUCAUAAUUUAAAGGGAAAUAAACAGUCUUUCCAGAACUAUAAAAUUUAUUACAAAGAAUCAUUGUUAGAACAAAGAAUUGUUUUUGACAAAACAUACAUUUCCUUACUUUUUUGCAAAACAUACUUUCUUUUACUUUUUGGGCUGAACCUAACAAAGUAUGAAGUGCUUAAACUAUUUCAGGUAUUUGUUUAAGUUGCGUUGCUUUCCCCUAAGCUUAAAUAAAUGGGGAGCAAGACUAUAGCUAAAAUGUCAUUUUCUCUUCACUCACAACUCGGCGUUAGAACUCUGAGAUUAGAAAUGAACUAGUUUCAUGAUUCCAAUCAUAUCCAUUUUCUUUAGCCCAAGGCUCAGUCAGUUACAGGAACUAGCACCACAAACAGAACCAAAUCAGCACCUUAGUUUCAUAUUUUCAGUUAAUGCACCUAUCCAGAACUUGGCAGAUCAUAUUUAAAUGUUACUUGCUUUUAAUUUGUGUUAUUGGAUUGGCAUGACCUUCUUACUCUCUCCUGUAUUGUGCUCCUUUUCCAUUUUGGGUUAGUCACAAAGCCAUAUAACAUCUAUGAGCUGUGAGGAAGGGAUGAGGCUGGAUGAUGACUGUGAUGUAGUGAUAUGAUGCAAAACAAAUAAAGUAGCAACCAUUUGUGGGCACAUCCAGAACAGAGACAUAUGAUGGCCCUCCUGUUUCUGUCUAAUCAGAGAAAUAAGUUGAUCAGUGGAAUCUAUUGCAGAUAAUAACAUCUUGAGGUUGUUAUAUAACACUUUGUCCUAUAUUUAAAGCACUGAGUGUACUUUGCCGUCUUGCUGUAGCAGUGAACUCAGCUUAAUUCUCCCAAGAUUAUUUGAGGGACACGCAUUUUUUUCUGCUGGCCGAGCAGCAUGUUGUGUAAACACACACAGCUUUUGAUCUUAAUGGUGUGCUUUAAUGAUGUGAAUGACAAAAUGAUCCAUUAAGGGAGUUCAUGGUUACUUGUUUAUAGCAGGGUGAUGGUCGGACUAAGGGGCUCAUGCUGACACAAACAGCUGCUGUGAACAAUGCUGUCUGCUGUAAAUGUGCCUCUGGUUAUAGGUAGUGCAGGUUUUGUGACGACCAUACACAGUGUUCCAAAUUAUUAUGCAAAUUGGAUUUAAGUGUCAUAAAGAUUACAUUUUUUGUUGUGCUAUUAAAUUUAU